UUGACUGAAAAUAAUGAUUUCUGUCUGAAGCACUAAGCAGUAAUGCUGCUCUUUACGUUAUCUGGGACUAGUUGUACGCGUAUUUCUUUUGUGGAGUUUCGGUGAUUAAUUUAUUGGAACAUUGAAUGCCAGUACAAUACACGAAGUUGCCAUAUUUCGGUUGAUUAAUUCUAAGUAAUGAAAAUGGAUUAGCUUACUUAAGUGUUGGCUUAGGCUAAACUUCUUGAUUGGAUAACCCUUCAAAAGACUUUGAACAGAUGGAGCAAUUAACUUCUGAUUCAAUGUUAAAUGAAAACUUAGGUUCAAGAAGUAGGUAAAUCCAGGGCCAGAAGGUAAUUUUAUAGAGAAAUGAGUGUUGGAUCAAAUAAAUGGAAGUGGGGAAAGCAGGCCAGGUCGCUGGAGUGGUGUAUGCAGAGAGGCAAAGUCUAGAUACUGUCAGAGCGCUGCAUCAGACUGUUGUGUCUCUGAGGGCAGCUUUAGAACAAUCAAGAUCAGAGCUGCAAGCGCUUAGACAGCAGGUGCAAGGAAAAGUUGAUCCCACUGUUUAUGAAAAAACAAUAGAGAAAUUAUCAUUGGAGAAUCAUGUUUUGAGACAAAGAGUACUUUCGUCUGAGAAUGUCAGCUCUUUAGGGGUUGAAAUUUCUUUACCAACCAUAACAGAGCAGAAUCCAAACAAGUCUAUGGAUUCCACAGAAAAUGUAGAUUCAGGAAGGGCAGAAGAGGCACAAAAUGUGGAAGACGAAAAUGACAGAGAAGGAUCAAAUAAUGACCAGGGCUCUAGAGGACAAAAUGGUUUAGUUGAUCAGCCGUCCUUAGAGAAUGGGGAUGAAGCAGAGAAAUCAGUGCACGAUGACGGGGAUCAAUCGAUAUCCAGUGCAACGAGCAGACAUGGCGCAGGAACUCCUCAGAUCAGCAAGGGGGAGUCGGAGGAUUCUGAAGAACUGGACGAUAUCGAGCUCAUCUUUACUACUGACGACAAGGAGCUCAGCGGGCUACAUGAGGAUUUGGUGUCAAUUGCGGAAUCUGAAACGUGGCAACUUAAAAGAGAAGACAAGAGUACUAAAGAUGUUGUUAGCAAUUCAACUCUCAAGCAUACGUGGACACAUUCUGUGUUUGUAGAGACAGAUAUAUCCAAGUGUGGAGUCAUCGAUGAAGACGAGAGUCCUCAAAUAUGUAGGCGUAACACUUUACCAAACGCUGUUCCUUAUAGACCGAUAAUACACAGAGAAGCGAUGACCGGAAGUAGGGGUCAGUUACUAGAACAAACUCAUCAUAGUCCUCGUCCUUUGCUGGUUAAGUUUUCCCAAAGUUCUCGAAGCCCUAGGAAUACCAGGCCAAUUUUAGCUGAAAAGAAUUCAAACAAACAAGAAUCUGAAGCUCAAACUGACAUAACCGCUCUGCCAGCUCACUGGAGGUCUGAAAGUUUCCUCGCUCAUCACAAAGUUGCAAGCAACUUCACGACAUUACCUUCAAAAUUUGCCAUCCCUGUUAGUCACUGCCCUCCUCGAAAACAGUCGUUGAGACUUUCAGAGAAAACCCAAGAAGCCAGAAGGGUUCUCCUCUCUGAUAUAAAUUUCACAAGCAUGGUCCCAGAACUUUCUAGAAGCGCCGAUCAUCUUUGUAACGAAGCCAUAAAUACCUCAAAUUUAUGUAAGAACUACCCUCGGGCUUUCUCAUACAUGAAGAACGCUGACAGCGUGUUAUCUCCAGGGUACUUAGGCCGGGUGCCUUGGUCUCCGUGCGACUGCAACAGCCAACACCCCAGUUGGGAGUACUAUCAAGGUUCGCUGAUGUCAAUUCCUUCUCCCUCAGUGAUGGAUAUGUCUGAGUGCUCAAGGAGAAGGCACUCGAUGAAACCGUCGGUUUCUUCAUUGGACGCCUCGUGGUACAGCUCUUGCAACGUUCGGCCUAACUGGUCCGUCCCGACGUCUCCGACACAUUGCCGCAGAUCUCGCAGUGUUCCUUUCUCAGCCUCUUACCACCAACCAGACACAAGCUGCUACAGUAUGUGCUGUCCAAACAGGAGACAAGACUCUAAACUGUCAAUAUCUUCAUCAUCUAGGACAUUCAGACCGCUGGCCACAUCAAAAAGUCGAAGCAGAGUUACUUUCCAAGAUACAAUUGUUCGGCGCCCUGGUCAAUCUCUACCAGAUCUCCGCUUACCGCUGGAGCAAGACAGUGGCGAAGACUCUACAGAUUCGCUGAUUGAAGAGUCGGAAGAAUUCUUGCGAAGAUCCAUUGACUCAAUGGUGACGGGAGCAGAUUAUAUUCAGACUGCUAGAAAAAGACGUUCGAGGAGAUAUUCUGAACCUUUUAAAGACUCAUUUGAGCCACCGAAAUCAAGUUCACCGUUCCUGGCAAAACUGCCGCGAGACUUGAAGCUAAACUACUGGGUGAAGGUGAUCACCAACGAAGGUCGAGUGGUGGUGGGCCGAGUGAGGUAUGUAGGACCAGUGUCUGGCCGAGGAGACGACAUCUAUGUGGGAGUUCAGCUGGGGAGGUCGGACGGCAACUGUGACGGAUCAUACGGAGGCCGACGAUACUUUGACUGCGACACGGAUUGUGCGAUCUUCGUACCUUUCAAAAAGGUGGUGAUGGCCUGGAGUAAUAUGUAAGGUAUAAAGCUUUAUUAUAAUUACCUAAAGCCAUGUUUCCCAUGGUUAUAGCUUCUACUUUGAUCAAUUUUAAAUCAAUAUCGAUGUUUGGUAAGCAUGCACUUUGGCAUUCUACCUUCUCAAAUUCAACGUUAUUAGAAUCAUUCACUGCUGAUUCAGAUAAAUGUUUAAUUUAAAUAGUUUUUUACUAAAUAUUGCAGACAUUUUAUUUUUGGCAUUAGACCAGGUGAAUUUUUUUGCUAAGCCUUACGAACUCAUGAAGAAUAAUCUUGUCGGCUAGCACAGCAUUUGAAGUGUAAAGAUAAAUUAAUGUAAUUUUGAUAUUUUAAUCAGGUACAUGAUUCAACAUCAAAAUAAAUUUAUUGAUAAAACUCAUGCAAUUAUAAUUAUUUAAUAUGAGCACUAGUCCUACAUGCAUAACAUAAAAAAUAGUACUAUAAUUCAUAAUUCAACUCACAAAUUUCUUGUAUCUAGAAUUGAUUUGAUUAUUGUUGAAUAGCAAGAUAGAGGUGAUAUUUAGAUAGUGUUCUUGGUAGCUAGUUUUUUAUAUUAUGUUAACGAGAGAAAAAAUCUAUUUAAAUUACCUUUAUCGUAACCUUGAUUUUCAGCUACAUCGAAUAACGUUUUUUCUGGAAUUUUUAUUCACCCCCUUGGAUUCUAGCUUCAAAUAGUUUGUUUCUAUAAUGAUUAAAAUUUGGUAUUCUCUUAUUGUUUUAAUGCAUACUCGAACUGCAGUGUUUAAGAAAUUAAUUCUAAAAUUUUGAAAGCUUGAUUUUGUCAAAACUUACUCUGUGGAUACAUUAAAAUGUGAACUCUUGCAAUAUUUAUAAACUGUGCCAAACCAACUGUAAAAUGCUCCCUCCAUCUUCAAAUUGCUUAUUCUGUGACUUCACGUUUGUCCCAUUUUAUGAAGCCUCUUCAUUCAUAACUUUAAGGGUAAUCUGUGUUCUGCGGGUCAAUUUAUUAUCCUUGUGUAUUGAUCGUAAUAAUGACAAGAUCUGGCUAAGUAAUUGUAAGAAUUUUAUUUGAACACCACUGUCUAUAUUACAAGUCCAAUCGUGCACACACCUUGUAUUUAAAUGUAUUCUAUAUUCUAGUCACCCUACCAUAAUAAAACUAUCUAUAAAUAAUGUUGAAAUAUUUAUGUCGGUAAACAGAUAAUAUAAAUGCAAUUAGCAUAGUUUUAUCCAGUUAGGUGCUGUGUCACAAGUUCCUUAUAACCUACAACAUCUUACACGACCUAUGCUCUCUUACCUCAAUUUUGUUCCUUAUAAGUUGUUAGCUUGAUUGUUUUGGUGUUUGUAUACUUGAGACGACAUAAAAUGUAAGAUGUUUGCUCCUUGAAUCGUAUUAUUGUCCUUCCUUUUUCAAUCUUCCCAAAAUUAUUAUUAUUAUUCUCCUUACAUUCUUUAAAUUAGGGAAGAUAAUCCUCCUUUUAUUAAAUACCUUUUUUCUUCCUUUCUGUUUAUUGGGGAGUAUUGACCUUCUUUUAUAUUUUAAAUGAAGCAUUAUAAUACUUUUUUAUUUUAUGUAAAUUUUUUAAUCAUCUCUUUCCUUAAACAGCUGUACACUCCUUAUAUUCCAUAGGAAAAAGAUAAUGCAAAUAAAAAUUAAUCUUUCCUUACAUUCCAUGGAUAAAGGGAAUUGCACGAUUGUUAAAUGGAUUGCAGUGUAAAGUAUAAUUUGUAUUUUCAAACAAUAUUUCAUUAUUUUUGUUCUAUGUAUCGAGGAGUACCCUGUGUUACUCCCUAAGAAAUCUUACUCUUUGCAUUCCACUGAUGAAGGAACAUUUCAUCCAUUACUUGUAUUUUUAUCUCAAAGAAUACUAUACUCUAUACUCCAUUCAAAUAUUGUGCUGCUUGAUUCAAAUAAUGAAAUCAUCUUGUGAAAUAGUGAUAUGUAAUUUUACUUUGUACCUAUUCCAAAAUACAUACUCAUAAAAAGGUGUUUUAAUUCAAAACUUUGAGUGAUGUAGGAAAAUACCUAUGUAAACAAAUCAUUCGUAUGCUUGCAGUGACCUACGUAGUAGACUUGUUUGGACAAGUUUAAGUGCCAAAUUUACAUUCUUGCUUGUUGUCUGUCUACAUGUUACAUAGCUGUCAAAAGACAACUAAGAUAGUACUUGUCUAUCAGUUUAAAAACUAUUCAGUGAAUAUAGAAUUCCAGAAUGCAUCAGUCUUUUUAGCGAAUAGUUCUUUAUUUCUAUUCCUAUUUCUUUAUUUUAUAUCCUGGAGCUUAAACUUUAAUAUGCAAUGCUAAAUGCUCUGCUUGACUGUAGAAUGGUGGAAUGAAAACUGUGUAGUCAGUAUAGAUAUCCUUUAAAAACAAAAAAAAAAACAAAUGUAUUUAUGAAGGUACAUGUAGUAUUUGGCAUUUUUUUAGUAUAACCUUUGUCUACGCACUAUUGCGCUAUUGCGAAAUAGACAAGAUGUUUUAAUGUUCCUGAAGUUUUAAUUAAAUUAAGAAUUAAAAAAAUAUUGUUGUUUUAUUAUAUUUUGUGUUGAUGUAAAAUAUUUUCUUUCUUGGAAACAAAAUUUUAAUUAUGCCAAACCAUAAAGUAAACGGUUUGUUAACUUUAAUAGAACUUCAAUACAGUAAAGUCCCUCUUAUCCGGACUCCUCGGGACCGAGGCCAGUCCGGAUAACGGAUUUUACGGUUAAAGCGAUGUUCCCAAAAACUUGUUAAAACUUGUGUUGAAAAUUUGUAAACCAAUAUAUAAUAUUUAUUAGGAAACUAUCUGAGUAAAAGUAUCUAUUUUAUAAACUUAAAGCUUUGUUUACACAGAAAACCCCUUGCAAAAUUAAAAAUUGCAACUUCAUUAUCACUUAGAUGAAGUAAAAAUUUGUCACCAAGCCUUCAACACAGAUGUACAGUACGAUUAUGAUGUUCAGCAAUUAUGCAUGUAAUUGAGUUAUGUUUUUCUUAAAUAUAAUUUACAAAGAAUAAUACAGGACCGACAAUAAAAGCGAGCUUAGCCUGAAAGAUUGUUACAUUAUAAUAUGUAUAAUUGUAGCAUAAACCAAUAAACAGGUUGCUAAUAAAUAUCUUUUAAAUUCUUAAAUUUUAUCUACACUUGCUUUUCAAGACUUCUUGCCAUGUACAAUUCCUUCUUUCUGCAUUUGACUGUUUUACCAACUGAAUUUUCUCAACCCUAAAACUAGGUUGUGUAUAAAGAAUGAACCCUGCUUCUAACCUAGAAGGGAAUAUUUUGUAACUAAGACUAACAAAGAUUACAUGACCAAACAUAUGUUUAAUGUAUGAUUGUUGCAUGAAUGUCUACAUUAUCGGGCACUUUUGUACAUACACAUUUUAUUCACAGAUGUAGCUAAAAAUAAUAGUUAGCCAAACUUGGUUAAGCAGUUAUUUUUUUAUGUUUUUCUUUUUUUAACAAAGUUGUUUUUUAAGAUUGUGUCUUCAUUUUCUAACCCCAACACUACAGUUUAGUAGUAAUAUUCUUGAGUAAAAAACUGUUUUCAAUUCAUGCAUUGUGCAGAUAAUGUGCUAAUUUUAUUUAUAGAAAAAAUAAGUCAGCUGUUAUAAUAUUGCUGUACAAUGAAGCAACAAAUACAAUGUGUUUACAGCUGAAAUUGUAAUUUACUAAACUUAAAGAUCUAAUUUUAAACUUGUCCCUUUAUCCAAAAAUAUUUCUAUUAAAAAUAACUCUCCAAAAUAAUCUAUUCUAAUAAUUUUAAUAGUCCACAGUAAUUGAUAUACUGUUCAAUUAACAUAACACUUACACAGUGCUCCAUUAAAAAAAUGAGGUGCCGGAACUGUACUGCGUUUAAUGUGAUUUGCACCUAGAUUUGUGCCAAUAUUUUUAUCUAUCCGAAAGAGAGGUCCCGCAAAUCGAGCACUGCACUUACAUAAAGUAAACCAUAAAAUGUUAAAAUUUCCGUAACACCUAUUUGAUUAACAUUACAAGGAUAAAUAGAAACUAUUUUAGGGCAAAACUGUUUUAGUUUUUUUUUAAUUAGGUGCAAAUGUUGGUUACGAUACUUAGAGUUAGUUUGCUAAUUUUUUUUUAUAAUGAUGAAAAAGGCCCAAAAGUGGCUGUGUGAUCAUUGCACAUCUUCAUUAAACUUAAGCUCAAUCAGAAAGCUAAACUUUGGGACCUAGCAAUAAAGUAUACUAUUGAUGGGAGAGGUUAUUGUUUAGCAAAAAAUGUUAAUGGCUGUAUUUAACCAUAAUUCCUAAUAAAUCUGAUUUCUGAGAAGGCAAAACAUAUUGUGAGAUUUCUGACAUACAAAAAUUCAUAAUUUUACGAUACUAUUCAUUUGAUUUAAAAACUUUCACUUUUACAAAUGUUUAAAGAUAAGUAAAAAUUUCUAACUAACACAGAUUUUAAAAUACAAACCAACUACAAUGUUCUAUAGGCUACUGUUUAGGCUUUAACAGAUUUUUUAGUAAAAUAAAGCUAAAAUGUUUUACGUGUUGGUAUCCACUUCCUAAAACAGUGCCUAAAAUUUAAAAGUAUUUUAACUAAAAAUUUUUUUUUAUUUGAUGUAAUUAACUAUAGGUAGUUAUUAAACUAUUCUUAAAGGACCAUAGAACAUUUUUGUGGGACUAAGCCAUUGCAGCAAUAAAAUAUAUUUUUGUAUACAGUACCAUAUCUUAUGAAAGACUUGAAUGUUUAUUUUAUUCUUUUGUUUUAUUAAUUUUAUUUUAAUGUUUUCCUAGCUUUUUAAAUGUUGUUUGUUUUCCUAUAUUUUUCUAUUUUGUUGUUGUUCUUUUAUAAUAUUUGCUUUAUGUUUUUAUGUUACAUAUUUUUUUAUAUCGAUAUUACUUUUAUUUAGUAUUACAUAUUUGUAGGUUUUAGUACAAUUAUUGCAUAUCAUUUAGUAAAUCCUAAACUAGGUCUUUUGUACAGCACUAUUGAAUGUCUGUUUUAACUGUGUUAAUUUAGUCAUAUCGUUACUUAGACAAUUACAAAUCUGUUAAUAGUUUAAUUAAAUAAUAAUAUUUAAUCUGUGAUUGUUCAUUAUUUUGAACAUGCAAUUUUGACCGGUUCUAACAUUGCGGUUAAAAUGCCCUGUUUGGCAGACGACAUAACCAUAGAAUUCCCUAACCUAUUAUACAGUUCUCUACAUUUGAAUACUGUUAGUAGUUUCUGGUAGUGUGGAUGUUGGUAUUGUUAUCAGUAAAAAUCUAGAUGUCAAAUUACUUUAUUUUUACUCAUUCUACUCGGUCAACACAACUUUUUAUUAUACUAUUCUAUUACCUAAGUAGUCGGAAAAGGCUUUUUCAUUGACCUUUUUUAUUAGACUCGAAAUAGUGUAUUUGUUCACCGUCCUUGCUGUAAUAGGCCUAAUAAACUAUGUAAAAUGAAUGGGGUCAUUGUGAAUUUGUAAUGUUUGGAAUUAAAUUAUUUUGUCCACUAUCAAGUGGAUGUUUUAGUUGCCCAGUCCAUGUUGAGCAACAAAAUCAAAAUUGGUAAUAAAGGUUUCAAUGUGACCCGACUAUAUUGUAUUGUACUAACCCAAUGUUGUACUGGUAUCUGUUAAAAUGUAUUCAACCGUAAUAUUAACCUUCUGCUGAUCUCUGUAUAUAAAGGACACGUUAGACUGACUAUUGUUUGUACUACCUGUCAUAUUUGUAUUACCUAGCAAUGGAAUAUUUGUAAAUGUGGCUAUAGCUAAAUAAAGUACCAACAUUUUAUUGAA